CGGGUCGCAAGACGAGCUAGGUCGCUUGGAGGCACUGCGAGAAGUGUACCAUGAGGCUGCGCGCUUUGGAGAUGUGCUGGAAAAUGGCGAAUUGAACGUGAUCUACCGCAAGCAGCGAGUUAUUCGGGCUACUAAAAUUGCGUUGCAAAAGUUGAUACAAGAAUACAGAGCCGGCUUCCAGCGACUCGAUAGUGAUGGCACAGAGCACACAGAAGUAAGUGCCGGAAAUGCCUUCUGGAAGGACAUCGUUCAGAACCGGCUAAUGGGUCACGAGAAUGGCGUGGACCAAGGUUCGACUUCAGAGGAUUCUGUCGGCAACGUGGCUUCAGGUCCAGCGGCUAACGGGGCUUCCACCAGUCAAUUCUUCGCCUCAAACCCACCACAGAAUCUGGACGACUAUCUGUCCCGUUUCAUCGUUGACGCAGGCGUGUACCCUUUGCAGGUGAACCCGGACUCCGUGAGUGAGACGAUCUAUGUGUUUUCGGCGGUUGUCCAGAAUUUAGCUGGUGAACUUCGGCACGUUGUUGAGAUCUGCGGACACAUGGGCACCGCUGAGGACCCAACGAUCAGUCUAGGGAUGCUGCGGUGGAUGCAAAGUCGGCAAACGCUAGCUGUGAAACACGGUUUGGAUCCGGAUGACAUGAGUAUCGAUGAACAAACAGGUGAAUCCCCAGCCUCGAGGGUCGACACGCUUCGACGCAAAGCCGGAC